AUGAAAGUACCCGAAAUAGAUAUACAGCCCUUGAUACAGGAAUUAUUUCUAGAAUUUUCAGAAGAUUAUGCUAGAGUCGUUAAUGUAGAGCACUCACCUGCAAUCAAAUUGAAGCAUUUCAUUAAUACUGAAACUCCACCGCGUGAUCAAAAGUCACGCAUUCAUACGACUGAACCAUCUAGCUCUACCGAAUCUCGGAUCUCAGAUUCCUCAGAUUUGAAAGCUGAGGUAAGUAUGUCUAAUACUUCUGUCUCGAAAAAAUUAGAUGUUAGUGGAACUAGUUCUACUAAGGGUAUUUGGCCUCAUGCAUCGCAUAUUCAAUUGGAUAAGAAAACAUGCACCAUAGAACAAUGCGCCGAACUGUUUUAG